UUACAAUGACCACUUGCGCCAUCACCUUUGGCAACCACCACAACCAUCUACUGCCAACUAGCACCACCUCCAGCCAAUUUCGGUGACCACCGCCUCCAGCCAACUCCGGCCACCACCACCUCCGUCUACCGCCGUCGAUCAACACCUCCGGCCACUACCUAUGCCCCGAAACAAGCUGCCAAUCCCCUGCCCCCACCCCAGUAACAGGCUAACAGCCCUCCUCUCCAGCACACCUCCCGCCUCCCUUACCCAGCCCCAGCCACAGCCACAGCCCGCCUCCCCGGACCUAGGCCCCUGCUCCACUCCUGCCCCAGACUCGUCGCUACCCCACCAGUCCGUCAAUAUUCCGCACAAUGCACCACGAAACAUGGAGCCUUACCCGCCCAAAUCUGAAAAAUGAAAAUCGGAGAAGAGGAAGAGGGUGUAGGCGAAGAAGACGAUUCAAAAUCGGAGAAGAGGAAGAAGAUGUAGGCGAAGAAGACAAUUCGAAAUCCGAUUUUGAGGUUGCUCGUCGAUGGCCGUCGCACGUCAUCGUCACUCGCCAUAGCUCGCUUGCCGCUGGCCGUACCCCCUUCGCUGGCCGUCGCACGUUACUCGCCAUGGAGAUCGUUGUGACGUUGGAGAUCGAUGGCCUCCUCGCUGAAGACUUCAGACGUUGCUCCAUCGAUGGGAAGAAAGGCGCUCCAGAUGACUAGAUCGACGGGAAGAAGCAGCGAAGGAAAAUUAGAAUAUUAGGGUAUUUUAGGCAGUUCAGGUUAUUUCAGUCCCUUUUUUGCCCUACACAAAAAAUGGUCCUACAUUUGUCUAAUGAAUAGCUCGGAGUCUUACUUUGGUCAUUUAUUCAACAAAUAUUGUAAAAAAUUACGUUGGCUUUGAAUUUUAGCACUUGUACUAAAUAAAGUCUUUAAAUAUAUCAUAAAUGUACUAUUGCAAGUAGAUAU